CCCAUGUGAGGCGGAAACAAAGAAGCAAGUACCGGCACCAGUAAAGAACGCGGCCGAGUCGAGUCAGAGUUUCUGAUUCCAUUCCAUGGCGUAAAAUAGCAACUUCCCUCCGCGUUUACGUCUUCUCCCCCUAUAUAUUCUCGCCUUCCCUCUCUUCCCAUCUUCGUCUUCAACCCAUCCAUCUCUCUCUCUCUCUCUGUCUCAGAAAACCAGACAUCGAAAGCAGAGAUCUGUCUAAGCAGCAUAUGUCUCAAAGGCUCUCUGUGCCUCAUUCUUCUUCCGUCGCCUUCGGCCUCCACUCUCAUCUCCUUGUUUCCAGUGAUAUGAACCCUGCUUCCAACUGGUCCCUCUGAAGUUAACCCACUCCCAAUUUUCUUCUCCUCCUCUUGCACUCGUUUCGAAUUUUCUCUCCGAUUUUCUCGGAAACCAAACAAGGGUUUUUUAUUCUUUUUCUCAAAUGGGUCUCAAGGGUUUUGCCGAAGGAGGGAUCGCUUCGAUCGUGGCGGGUUGUUCGACCCACCCGCUCGACCUCAUCAAGGUCCGAAUGCAGCUUCAGGGCGAAUCCGCUCCGACCGCGGCCCUUCAGGGCAAUCUCCGACCAGCUCUCGCUUUUCAGACCAACAUCUCAUCCUCCACCGUCCACGCUCCGCCGCCGCGCGUUGGACCGAUCGCCGUCGGAGCUCGUAUAAUCCAGCAGGAGGGCGUCGCCGCCCUAUUCUCCGGCGUCUCCGCCACUGUUCUCCGGCAGACGCUAUACUCCACCACCCGUAUGGGCCUCUACGACAUCCUCAAGCAGAAAUGGACAGACCCAGAGACCCGAACCAUGCCCCUCACCCGCAAACUCACCGCCGGUCUCAUCGCCGGAGCCAUCGGCGCCGCCGUCGGCAACCCCGCAGAUGUCGCCAUGGUCCGGAUGCAGGCCGACGGGCGGCUCCCGCCGUCGCAGCGCCGCAACUACAAGAGCGUGGCCGACGCGAUCUCGCAGAUGGUCCGCCGCGAGGGAGUGGCGGCGCUGUGGCGUGGCUCGUCGCUGACGGUGAACAGAGCCAUGCUCGUGACGGCGUCACAGCUGGCGACGUACGAUGAGGCAAAGGAGACGAUCAUCGGGAAAGGGCUGAUGAGGGACGGGCUGGGGACCCACGUGGCGGCGAGUUUCGCGGCGGGGUUCGUGGCGGCGGUGGCGUCGAAUCCGGUGGAUGUGAUAAAGACGAGGGUGAUGAACAUGAAGGUGGAGGCGGGGGUGGCGCCUCCGUACGCCGGAGCUAUGGAUUGUGCGGUGAAGACGGUGAAGGCGGAGGGAGUGAUGGCUCUGUACAAAGGGUUUGUUCCGACAAUAUCGAGACAGGGACCGUUCACUGUGGUUCUGUUCGUGACGCUCGAACAGGUCAGGAAGCUGCUCAAAGACGUCGAGUUUUGAAUAUGUCGGAGGUUAUGGAGGCGGUCGAGACGAUGACGAUAACGGAAUAAAAAAUCGUAUUGCGAGAUUCAGUGUUUGUUUUGUUUUGCACCAGAGGGAAUUAUUCAGUGUAUUGGGUAUUGGUUCUAAUCUUCAAUUAAGCUAUUUAGUAUUUCUAUGUGAAAUACGAACGGACAACGGAAUAAUAUGCAUGAUACAAACUUAUGCUUCGAA